AAUUAAAUAGCAGUACUUCGCCGAUCAUGUUGGGUGCAGUAGGACGUGCGGCAUCCAGCCUUUUGGCUGGAAAAAGUGUUGAAAAAUUAAGCUCAGAAUCCCUAAAAGCCCUUUGCGCCUUCACAGGAAACCGAAGGGAUUAUGCUGCAGCUGCAUCCGGGAAAACAGCCUCCGGCAGAAUCGUCGCUGUUAUCGGUGCCGUUGUGGACGUCCAAUUCGACGAUAAUUUACCACCAAUUCUCAAUGCUCUUGAAGUACAAAAUAGGUCACCAAGAUUGGUGUUGGAAAUUGCCCAACAUUUGGGUGAAAAUACCGUACGUACUAUUGCUAUGGAUGGUACUGAAGGUUUGGUUCGUGGUCAAGAGGUUUUGGACACUGGCUAUCCCAUCCGUAUCCCUGUAGGUGCUGAAACUUUAGGCCGUAUCAUCAAUGUCAUUGGUGAGCCUAUUGACGAAAGGGGCCCCAUUCCAACUGACAAAUUGGCCCCAAUCCAUGCUGAAGCCCCUGAAUUCGUAGAGAUGAGUGUAGAACAAGAAAUUCUCGUAACUGGAAUCAAGGUUGUAGAUUUGCUUGCCCCCUAUGCCAAGGGUGGUAAGAUUGGUCUUUUCGGUGGUGCCGGUGUAGGAAAGACUGUAUUGAUUAUGGAACUUAUUAACAACGUAGCCAAAGCCCAUGGUGGUUACUCAGUGUUUGCUGGAGUAGGAGAAAGGACUAGAGAAGGUAACGACUUGUACCAUGAAAUGAUUGAGUCCGGUGUCAUCUCACUGAAGGACAAGACUUCAAAGGUAGCGCUUGUGUACGGUCAGAUGAAUGAGCCCCCAGGCGCCCGUGCUCGUGUUGCCUUGACAGGUCUCACUGUAGCCGAAUAUUUCCGUGAUCAAGAAGGACAAGAUGUGCUACUCUUCAUUGACAACAUUUUCAGAUUCACACAAGCCGGUUCAGAGGUAUCUGCUCUGCUGGGGCGUAUCCCCUCCGCCGUAGGUUACCAACCCACUUUGGCCACUGAUAUGGGUAGCAUGCAGGAAAGAAUUACCACCACCAAGAAGGGUUCCAUCACUUCGGUGCAGGCCAUUUAUGUACCUGCUGAUGACUUGACUGACCCCGCCCCUGCCACCACCUUCGCUCACUUGGACGCUACGACUGUGUUGUCGCGUGCCAUUGCAGAAUUGGGCAUUUACCCUGCAGUCGAUCCCCUCGACUCCACCUCCCGUAUCAUGGAUCCCAACAUCAUAGGUGCGGAGCAUUACAACGUUGCCAGAGGCGUUCAAAAAAUCCUGCAGGACUACAAAUCGCUACAGGAUAUUAUUGCCAUCUUGGGUAUGGAUGAAUUGUCUGAAGACGACAAAUUGACCGUUGCGCGUGCGCGUAAAAUCCAACGUUUCUUAUCACAACCUUUCCAAGUCGCCGAAGUUUUCACUGGACAUCCUGGAAAACUUGUACCCCUCGAACAGACCAUCAGUGGAUUCAAGAAAAUUUUAGCGGGUGAAUAUGAUAAUCUCCCCGAAGUGGCGUUCUACAUGGUGGGACCUAUUGAGGAGGUUGUAGCAAAGGCGGAAAAGCUGGCGUCUGAAGCUUAAGAGGCAUUUCAAAAUAUAAAAGAGGUUUUUAAAUUAACUUUCAAAGUGUUAAUAACAUUCAAAAAAGUAUAUUAUUCAAAUGAACAUUAAAAGGAAACGCGAAAUAUUUUUCUUUUAAAUGCUUUAAAUAUUCUUGAUCAUCAAUUUUAUUCCCUCAGUCUUUUUCGUUCGUUGUUUAUCAUUGUGGUUUACAAAAACGCCAUUGUUGUAUAGGUAAAUAUGUACUAUCGUUUUACAAUUACAUUAAAUAAAAUAAAUAGGUUCUUAGGAAA